UUCUCCUUCUCCUUCUCCUUCUCCUUCCUGAGCCGCAUCCCUCGCUCGUUCGGGGCUUCGGGCCCAUCUCGCUGCCGCCUGCCGAGCGCCUCAGCCCCCUCGCUUCGUCCGCUUCGUCGCUCGUCUUCCUCCUCGCGCGAGCGCCGCCGCCGCCGGUUUUGGUCUCCCCUUGGAUUCUCUCGCUCCCGACUGUUUCUCCUCCCAUCACCCCACGAACGGAUUUAGCUCCCCGUCUCAUCUCCUUAAUCUUCCCCAAUUCGUAACUGAGGCAAAAAUCAAGUUCCAUAAUGAAGAUAGCUUGGAAUAAGAACGUCAAAGCGAAGAGGCAGCCAGUGGUGGCACCACUGAAGCCAAGGCUGCCAUUUGGUACCGAGGUUGGGGAAAAUGAGGAUGGAAAGGACGGGAGCAGAGAGUCGGAAGCUAGCUGUCCUGGAUCCAGGCCACCAGAUUCUGCGCAGUCGCUCCAAGACCAAGGGAACAAGCUAGCUGAGGAAGGGAAGUAUCAUGAAGCGCUCAGUAAGUGGGAGGCUUCACUUAGCUUGAUACCAGAUAAUGCAAUAGUUCAUGAACAGAAAGCUCAGGUUUUACUUGAAUUGGGAGAUACAUGGCGUGCCCUGACAGCAGCAACUAGAGCAACAGAAGUUGAACCAUCAUGGCCUGAGGCUUGGGUGACGCUUGGUAGAGCACAGUUAAAUUUUGGAGAGCCAGAUAAAUCGAUUGAGUCUUUUGACAGGGCGUUAGCUAUCAAGCCUGACUACAGUGAUGCAAAAGCCGACCGUGAAACCGCAUCCCGACUCGUAAGGAAACGAGGGCAGUUGCAUUCGUCAGGCGAUCUGAGUGCUAACAAGAGACGAUUCACAGUCGGAGGGAACUCAGAGAAAGAAAAGGAGAGUAAAGAUGAGGAAGCAUGACUGCAGGAUGUAGCCAUGUAGGCUGGUUGCUCUUGAUGUGUAGAUAAAUGUCACAUACAGUAAGUCUGUAGGUGGUCGGUUACUUGUGCUGAAGGAUCGGUGUCCUGUGCAGCUACUGUAUAAAGUCUACAACUGACAUUUCGUCCUUGUACUACCUGUUUGCGGAUCAAGCGGUAAUUCGCCAUUCCUGUCCAGAGUUUUCUUGAGAAAGAUAUGUUCAUUUGCGAGUUCUGCACAAACAGUGAUGCACAAGAAAUAAUUUAUGCA